AUGAAAAGAAAAAGGCAGGAAGGGAGAGCGUCCCAGCCGGAGAAAAAACAGAAGAUUUUGGAGGAACCUAUUCACGGCCCUCGACCUAUCGUUAAUCAGUUCCUUUGUUUUGCGGGAAAAUGUUUACCUUGUAAGGUGUUGUUGGAUACUGGUGCAACUGGUCCUGUUUUGUCUGCUGUUUUUGUUGAUAGUUUUGAGGUCCCGAAGGUGAAACGAGACGUCCCGGCCCGGGUAUUUGGAUUUACGGGAGAAGUUAUGAAGGGCACGGGACACGCCUUUACACAACCAUUAAUUAUAAUGUCAAGGGGGCAUCAAACACAGUUGUCAUUCGAGAUCGCCCCUCUCCCACGUAGCAUCGACGCAAUACUACCGAACUGGUGGUUGAAAGAACACAAGCCGGUUAUAGGGUCAAAUGGGGAAGUGUCCUACGACGGUGAGAACUGCAAGAGUCGUUGCUUCACUGACAAGGAACCUCAAAUAGAAAUGGACGAGGGUGUACUGGACGAUCCGGAGGCCCAAUUCAUCGGUAGCAUCUGUCUCUUGGAAGAUGAAUCGGUUAACCUCCGUGAAACUCUUCCCUCUUGGCUCCAUGGGUUCCUUAAAGUCUUCCUACCGUCAGAAGCAGACAAAUUACCACCGCAUCGAUCCUAUGACCAUGCGAUAGAUCUCGAACCAGGGAAGCAGCCACCAUGGGGACCCGUUUACUCCCUAUCCGAAGUCGAACUGAAGGUGCUUCGGGAGUACCUGGACAAAAUGUUGCGAUUGGGAAAGAUUAGGCCGAGCAAAUCCCCGGCAGGAGCCCCAAUCCUAUUUGUGAAGAAGAAGGACGGUAGUCUGCGACUUUGCGUUGACUACCGUGGACUUAACCGAGUAUCCAUUAAGAACAGGUAUCCGUUACCACUUAUGGACGAACUACGAGAUCGAGUGGCAGGCGCGGUUAUCUUCUCAAAGAUUGACCUGAAGGAAGGUUACAACCUCAUCAGGAUCAAAGACGGCGACGAGUGGAAGACAGCAUUCCGUACGCGGUACGGGCAUUUUGAGUACCUCGUUAUGCCUUUUGGGCUGGCAAAUGCGCCGGCGACCUUCCAGAACAUGAUGAAUGAUGCGCUGAGGGAAUUCUUGGAUCAAGGUGUAGUAGUAUACCUUGAUGAUAUCCUAAUAUAUAGCAAGUCUCGAGAAGAGCACAGGGAGUUGGUCGGCAAAGUCCUUAGUAGGCUACAAGAAUACAAUCUGGUCGCCAACCCGAAGAAAUCGUUCUUCGAGCUCACUGAAAUCGAGUUCCUCGGAUACAUCCUUGCCCCAGCAGGCGUCACCAUGGCACUGGAUAAGGUUAUGUCUGUUACGAAUUGGCAAGCCCCGCGUAGCGUUAAGGAAGUACAGAUCUUCAUGGGCUUUGCCAACUUCUAUAGAAGGUUUAUCCACAAUUUCUCCGGGGUCUGUAAACCCAUUACCGAUUGUCUCAGGGGUGAUGCUAAGAACUUUGUCUGGUCUAUGACGGCCCAAGCAGCCUUCGAAAAACUCAAAACCCUGUUUACGUCUGCACCGAUCUUGGUACAUUUCUCUCCAGAUCGCCAGACUAUCGUGGAAACGGACGCAAGUGAUUUUGCUAUCGCCGCAAUUUUAUCCCAGGUUAUUGACGGAAAGACUCACCCUGUUGCCUUUUAUUCUCGAAAGCUUAACCCAGCGGAACUCAACUACGACGUGUGGGAUAAGGAGAUGCUAGGAAUUGUGUCAGCCUUCAAGCAAUGGCGUCACUACCUCGAAGGACCUAGCCGAACGGUUCUCGUCUAUACGGAUCACAAGAACUUGGAAUAUUUUUCAACAACCAAGGUUCUUAACCGACGACAGGCAAGGUGGGCUGAGUCUUUGGCGGAAUUUGACUUUAAGAUUAUUUGGAAAUUACAUGGACUCCCUGAAACUAUGGUAUCUGAUCGAGGAACACAAUUUGUUGCGGAAUUCUGGAGGUCCCUUUGCGAUCGUUUGGAAAUAUCGCCAAAAUUCUCUACAGCGUUUCACCCUCAGACGGAUGGACAAACGGAAAGAAUCAAUGCUGUGAUGGAACAAUACCUUCGAAGUUAUGUUUCUUAUCAACAGGACGACUGGGUUCGAUGGUUGCCAAUAGCCGAGUUUGCAACAAAUAACCAUGCUUCUGAAACAACGAGAAUCUCUCCAUUUUACGCCAACUCAGGGAGGAAUCCAAGAAUGACUUUUGGUCCUUUGGAACAUGGUAGGACGACAGCGGAGGAUCAGGCCAAUAGUAUUGCAAGGGAGAUGAAGAAUAUAUUGGAUUUUCUAAAGGAUGAAUUAUUUCGAGCGCAAAGGAUUCAAGAAGAGUCCGCCAAUAUACGUCGAACUCCAGCACCUCACUAUCGAGUAGGAGAUCGAGUUUUCUUAUCAACACGCCAUGUCCUCACCAAACGACCAUCGAAGAAACUUGAUUGGAAACGCAUUGGACCAUAUAUCGUGAAGCGGAUCGUUAGUCCUUAUGCCUAUGAGUUGGAACUCCCUCGUUCCAUGAAAGUUCAUCCCGUAUUCCAUGUCUCUUUAUUGUCGUCUACAGCAAACGAUCCUUUACCAGGACAACAACAGUUACCACCACCGCCGGUCGAAGUUGAAGGACAGGAGGAGUGGGAAGUCGAGGAUAUUUUGGAUUCCAGGGAUCGUCGGGGAAGAUUUGAAUACUUGGUUAAGUAUGCCGGUUAUGACGAAGCUUCGUGGCAGCCAUUGUCGGAUGUCGAACAUUCGCCCGAUAUUGUCAAACGAUUUCACAAACGAUAUCCACGGAAGCCUAAGCCUACCAGGAGGUAG